UCCGCGCUGGGACGGAGGCGGCCGCCCCUCUGCCCCCAUAAUCGCCCGCGGGGAGGGGCCGCCCAGCUGCAGCGAGCCGUCCCCCAUGUACGCCGAAGCCUCCACCAUGAACUUCCGGACCCCCGGCUUCUUCCGGCGCAGCCCACCCCCCGCGGCGAAGCUGGCGCCCGGGGCCCCCCCGGCCUCGGCGCUGGGGGGCAUCGCCCAGAUCUCGCCCUGCCUCUACCUGUGCAGCGGCAACGCGGCCGCCAACCGGCACCUGGUGUCAGCCCGGGCCGUGACCUGCGUGGUGAACGCCACCAUGGAGAUCCCCAACGCCAACUGGCCUGACAUCGACUACGUCAAGGUGCCGGUGCCCGACCUGCCGCACGCCCCCCUGGCCCUCUACUUCGACUCGGUGGCCGACCGCAUCCACCAGACGGGCAAGCGCAACGGGCGCACCCUGGUGCACUGCGUGGCGGGCGUGAGCCGCUCGGCCUCGCUCUGCAUCGCCUACCUCAUGAAGUACCAUCGCCUCAGCCUGCUGGACGCCCACCAGUGGGUGAAGAGCCGGCGGCCCGUGGUGCGGCCCAACGUGGGCUUCUGGCGCCAGCUCAUCGACUACGAGCGCCAGCUCUUUGGCAAGAACACGGUGCGCAUGGUGCCCUCCCCCAUCGGCCCCGUGCCCGACGUCUACGAGAAGGAGAGCCGCGGCCUGGUGCCCCUCUGGGGCUACAGAUAGGCAGGGCCGGGCGGGCGCCCCAUCUCGGCGGGGCCGGCGCGUUCCCACGGUGCCGCCCUAGCCCGGAGCCAGGGUCGUGUACCUGCCCCAGUGCAGGGCAGAUUCCAGCCAGGCCAGCUGGACCUGCCCCCGGCCUUUCUCGGAGCCGCCCCGGCAGGGGGCAGACUGAACACUGGGGGGCACCAGUGACUGUAUUUGCCCCUGGAGGAGGGAUUUGGGGGCAACUGCCCCACCCUGGGACUGGCUUGGCGGGGGGGGGGGGGGGAGAGGUUGUCCCACAAAGGAGCAUUUUCUAACCUCAGAGACUUGGGGGGAAGGGGGCCUGGCAGAGUCUAAAGCGGGGGGUGGGGGAGAAGAGUCAUUGAGCAUAAAAGCCGCCCCUCCCCCGCACUGUGUGACUCUUCCCCUAGGCGUCCAUUUUUGUAGGGCCUACCACAAACACCCUACUCACCGCCUUCCAAUUCACGCCCCC